AUGCCAGCGAGGAAGAAGACUAGUGGUGGCGGUGGAAACACAUCAGACGCAUCCAAACAUGAUGAUGAUGCAUACCGAGAAAAAAGACAAAGAAACAACGAUGCAGUGAAGAAAACACGACAAAAGUCUAAAGAGACUGCAACAGAACGUAAGCGCAAUGUAGAGCGACUCAAAAAUGAUAAUAUUAAGUUGGAAGCCUCUAUUAAAGAGGUAAAGGAACAUGUAGAAACACUUAAAAGUUUGCUAUUGGGCAAUGUAAAGAAAGAGGAACACGAAACAUUUCUGCAAAAAAUACUUAAUGAACCUACAGACGAUGAGGAUGACAGUAUGGAUGGCACAUGACUUAAUAAAAUUACCAUAAAAACGGCACGAAAGAGAUUAAAUGCUAAUUGUUCGUAUGCUCGGCAAGAUAGUUAUUUUCACAUGCAUCCUAAUGUGAUUGGAGUGCAAAUUAAAGCCACUUUCAUGAGUUAUCAGUUGGCAAUAAAUUUAUCUAACACUUUUCUAGAUAUAUACAAAAUAUGUAAAAUAUAUAUGUAUGACUAUAUGACUAUAAAUUCAUUAAAA